GAGACAGGAAGAGAAUUUCGUAAGUGCACGAAAUGAUGCCGUUGGAGGGUAGAAGCACAGAAGUUGAACCAGAUGCUCAUAUCAAAGCAUCUUCAAGCGAUGAAGACGAUCCAGGAAACGAAGAAAUUCCCGGAGGUUAGUAUACAGUAGGUUUGUAGCUGACGUUUGGGGUAAACUUUAAUUAAUAAUAUACAUCACAUGCAAUGAUGUAAUUUUUGGUCCAGGGAGAACAAAUGUAAAAGCUUGACUGGAACCUGCGAUAAAAAAAAUAUAUAUAUAUAUAAUGAUAUAGAAUUAUGUAGACCUAAGCGGUAACCAGCAGUAAUCAGAGAUUUGUAAGUGCGUUCAAAUGUUUCUUGAAUUACCAAUGAAAUUGCUUUGUGCAGACCACGUCACCAAAGUGGAGAAGGUUGUUCGAUUAAGUGAAUAAUGUGAAUGACUUCAAUCAUGGAGGUUUGACAGAGCUAUAUUCUUUUUCCUUAUUAAGACCGAAAUAUCAUACAGUGUUUCCAGUGUAUGGAACGCCAAGUGUGACAAAAGUGCUCAAAAAUUCAAUAAGCUUAUAGGUUGUAUCAUCGAGAAUGUGAUGUACUCAGGGUUGUAAGAAAGUUUUGAAGUAGACAAGUAAGCGGCCAGUCCAGGGAUAUUUUAUUUAAAAAACGCCAUCCAUAAAGAAAUGCUAAGCGGAGUAGCUGGCCAGUACUAACCAAGUACAUGUAGGCAGCAGUUUUCACCAACAGCCAGCUACUUUUGACAACCCUUUGUAGGGUUGCUAAUUGCGUGUGUAGCUUACUAUGAGGUAAAAUUCAGGUUGGAAAUUUGGCCAUAUAUGUCUCUUGAAACUCAAUAUGUUGUUACAACCUGAAAUAUAGUCAACUCCUUUUAUUACGGACGCCGUGGGGACGUCGAGGUACAGCUGUGAGUGAGGGUCCUUAAUAGCAGGAGUUUGUUUCAGUCAAGCGUCUGUAAUUUGUUUUCGCUGGGGAUUUAGCUGCUGUCCAUUUUAUUGAGGUGUUAAUGCGAUCGCACCCCCCCCCCCCCCCACAGGCCCCAAAGGUCUGCAUUUUGAUACUCAAUAUCCAAGUUAAGGAGUGCAGUCGGUUAAACUGAAUUAAGUUUCAAACUGAUUUUUAAACAAAAUCAAAGAAUGGAAAAAGCAGUAGUGUAUUCACUGGGAAAGUAAAACCAGCUGCACUCUAGUAACCUGAGCCAUUCAUUUUUAGACCAGGAAAGGCUGUCUGGUCCCUUGCACUAAUGCACAUACAUUAUCAAGUUAAAAUUGUUUUGGAUGAGGUGGUAAAUCUGUUUGCCACCAAACAACCACAGAGGCUGGAGCUAGGGACUAUUCUGAGGGAUUAGUUCCGCAGUAUUUUGAUGUAUCAUUUUACAUCGUAAAAUUACUCCUUUAUAACUUAAUUCAAACAUUUGUAUUUGAGAAAUGUAAUAUUCAGUUCCUAUCGUGUACUUUAAAGUUACAAUUCCUCACGUAUAUAUUGCGACUUUCCUAGAUAAACGGAUCAGACAACAAAAAAUACAUUUCGGAUGUUUGGUCCACUCUGGUCUUGUUAGCACCCCCCACAUAAAAUCCCGGUUACGGGCCUGUGUCGGUUAUAGCGGGGUGUCCAGAAGGCAAGACUUGCCAGUAAAUAGGUUGUAAAUAUUGAUUCGUUCACUUAUCUAAAAAUCCACGGAACGAGGCUAACACGCGUGUCACAAAACUGUUCCGCGUGGAAACAACGUUUUUUAGUGUCCAUUAAUGCAAAGUGCAAGUUUUCUGAUAUUGAAAUCAGUUUGCUGGGGUUGUCAGACCUACAUGUCUUCUAGUUUCACCUCAUUUUAACGUGCCAUUUGCUAUAAUAUUAUUGUUUUCUUUCUAGUGGGUAGAUUAUGCUGUUGAGGACUCCUAACUUAGCAAAUGGUCGGUUUUGCUGCUUGACCCGCAUUGAGAGGUCAAAUGAACUGAGAAGUGAUGAAGCUUGUCUGUUCCCUUGUCUGUUUCAUUCAUACUGUUUUCGUGCAGUUUUUGUUUCUGACAGAAUUUGGCCACUGAAACAGUUAUCAUUUUCUUUGACCUGUCUUCCAUGAAGUGUCAAGCUUUUUUACAUUGUGGCUAAAAAACGUUUUAGUGAAGCUUUUUCUCCUCAGAGAAUGAAUUACUAAAUUAAUGGAGUUAUUGUUUCUUUAUUUUUCUAUAAAUGAGUGUGAUGAUUUGAUCUCCACUAUAUUUUGUCAUGCUGGCUUAGCUUUUUCAGAAGCUACACCAACUACUAGGGAAAAUUUAUUGUGUGUGUGACUCAGUCAAGAUUGUUCAUUUAGCCUGGGAUGCACUGCAUUUUGUUUUUCUUGAUAUGGCAAUUGGUGGGUCUUUUUGACUGCCACUUUUUUAUCAGGCAAGACCAUUCAGGUUCUCCGCAUGACCUGUGUGAUUCUAUUAAAAGCAACCAAGAAUUACAGAGCGUGGAUGUUGAUCCCCUUCAGCUGCUUGAAACUUGAAGUGUGUUUUAGGAAGGCAUUUUGUGAAAAUUGUGGCACUUUCUUCUGUAGGUGAGUCAGAGGACCCUUCUUAAAACGAGUGGGCACAGAAGUACUCAGGCUGUGAGUACAGUCGAUUACUUUGAACUCAUUGUGGCUACUCUAUGAGACAAUGCCUUGGAUUCUGUCGAAGAAAUUGCCAAAAUAGGCGCUUCCAUUACAAUAGAUUCUCAUCGAUGAUUUUUUCAUAACAUGGCAUCACUUUCAUACGGAACAGCUUUGCAACACACCUGUCGGCCUCGUUCCAAGGAUUUUAGGAUAAUUAACAAAUUGAUAAUUACAACCUCUAUAUUUCAGGCUGUAAUAACAUAUCAAGUUUCAUGUGUCAUACAGGUUGGAUAGAUAGCCUAAAUUCCAAGAUGUAAAUUUACUACACUGUAAGCUAUGUACAGCUGUAUGCAUAUAAAAAUUAUAUGGAGUUUUUUAACCCGUUAAAAACACAGUACAGGGGGAGCACAUUCUCUAAGAUACAAACUAAUUUAUUUUAUUUUUGAACUUUUUUGUCCCUCUUGGCAUUCCAUACCAGUGCUUAUAUAUGUAGCUGCUCUUCUAAUCAAUAUUAACCCGAGUGAAAUAUAAGAUCAAACUUUAAGCAGAAAACGAUAAAGUCUAAGGUUUAUGACAUAUUUCGAUUUUAGGCACUUGAUUUAAAGGUUUUCCAAAUUUGGUCAAAACUGACUGGUUAUGAAAGUUAACAUGAGGAAUUAAGUCAAUUAGAAAAAAUAAAUAUAUGAAAAAUAUGUGUUUGUUUAAUCAAGUAGAUUCGAUCACCAUUCUGGUUGGCUUUAAUCCCCUGGCUAAUUCUUCAUUAUUCCCAUAUUCUUAGAAAUACAAGGUUGUGUAAGAUGUCAAUACUAAAUCAUAGUAAUAUUGUUGUCAUAAACUGUAUUAGCUUUAAUUUUAACUGCUUGCAAAAAAAAAAUUGUUGUUGUUGUUGUCAUUGUCAAAGAAGUUCCCUCGUUCUCUUUUCAGAUAAAAGCAUUUUGCUUAUUAAAAAUCAGAAGAACAUCAGAAACCUCAUUGGCUUUUGGUAUGAAUAUAACUAACAACAUUUUUUUUGCUUAGAGUGGUUUUCGUUUGAGUGUCGUAAAACCAAAACCAAAGUAAUUACUCUGCCCAAUCACAUAGGACACAGACAAUACAUUGAACCAAUCAAAACUCGAAGUAAUUACAUGUGGCUGACACAAAGCGCGGGAAAAUGCAUGCGAGCGUGUCACAAUUGGCUUUGGUUUUACUUCUGAUUGGAUGAAAAGGUGGCGCGAAUCUUUUAAGCCAAUCGCAUCGUGUAGAAAGCGCAAAACCAAUUACUUUUCGACACUCAAAUGAAAACCGCUCUAAUAUCAUGAAGAUCCUGCCUACUAAAUUUUAAAUCAGUUUGAUUGGGCUCUGCUUAUUCAACUGAUAAAUGCAUGAUUAAUACAUGUACAUAUGUUGAAUUGUACAGAACGGGAGAGAUAUAGGUACAGGUAGCAGUGAAUUUUUAACUCUAUGUCUCAUGUGAUACAAGAAAUACAUGUACAGGUGUAUGGCUCACAGGAUGGCAGUUAAAAGGGAAUCUAGGAAGUUUUUUUCUUACUUGACAUACUCUUUAUUUCCUUCUUAUGUAUUUAUUAUUAUUAUUAUUAUUAUUAUUAUUAAUAUCAUCAUCAUCAUUAUCAUCAUGAAUUUUGUGGAGGAAAAAGCGAAGAGUGGUGCACAAAGUUAGUACAGUGGAACCUCAAUAUAAUAUUAUAACAAUUAAAGGGCCAAGGAACUGGGAAAAUGUGUUUGCUUGUUUAUAGUGGAAAGUGCACUUAGCUUAUCCAGCCACACUGUAGUUUACAGGCAUCCCAUUCAAAUACUUAGAAACAAAUAAUUCAAAUACAACAUAACAGGAUUAAAAACCCCAACUGGCAGGAGGAAACCAGUUGGCAAUAUUUACAAGCGUGGCCGACGAUUUCAACUUGGGACAACCGAGAAGAAAUCCAGUAAGUGGCCGGAGCAGGACGUGAACUCGGGACCACUGGAUUGCAAGCACGAUGCACUGACCACUCAGCCACACUGCUUCCUUAUUUUACUAUCACUAUCACUAUCACUAUUGUUUGUCAUACUGAGGUUUUCACUACAUGAAAUCCCUUCUGCACUCUCCUCCCCUGCUGGACACACUUCAAAUUUGUACUCACAUGUACAUGUAUCUACAGCAAUAAUGGUUGACUUUUAAAAGGAUGUAAGAAUCCUGAUCUUAAUUACCUGGCAAUGUUUUGAUUCACAACAACAAUAUUGAGAAUGUCAUGUCAUCAUAUUGCAGUAUUGUUGCAACAUUACUUUAUUGAAGUUGCCACAUUGAUGUCCUAAAAAUUGUCAUUGCAAAUCUUUGUGUGUAAAAUUACCUUUAGUGGAAUGAAAUUUAAAUACAUGUCACUCCUUUUGUUUGAGAUUGUAUUUUUUUUUAACUGGUAUUAAUUUCUUGAGGUUUCAAUAUUUUUCUAGGUUGCUGGGUUUGUGCAACAACUUUGGCUAUGUUGUCAUGUUAAGUGCAGCUCAUGACAUUCUUGCCGUCAAUAGUACUGAUCAGGUACUGAGAAAUAAUUUGUUAAAAAUUCUGUGGCCACUUUUGUAACGGCUUGUAAAAGAUACAUUACCAUGGUAGCAAAAUUUCAGGAUCUCAAAUUAUGAUCCUUGUUGACGGUGAUGGCUAUUUGCAUUGUCGAACAAUGGAGAAAAGUAUGGGCUACUGUUCUGUUCCCGAGUGCGAUCAUGCGUUGGAAAGUCAUACUGUACAUGUCAGUUUUUUUGUUUUUGCUGCCGUAUUUGCAGAAUCAGGGAUUGUUGAGAUCCAGAAAUUUUGCUACCAUGGCAACAUGUAGCAAUUUCUCCUUUCUACAGGGUUCACAUGCACCUUGAAAGUCAUUGAAAAUUGCAGUCAGUGCUGGAUUAAAGUCCUUGAAUUUCGGUGCCUACUUUAUCCAACCCAUAUUGUCAAGAAAGAAAGACCUUCAGGAUAAAACUGCUCAUGUUGUGGAAGAACUAAAAAACAUUUGAAUGGAGUCCUUGAAAAAUGGGAAAUGUGUCCUUGAAAGUUGUUGAAAAGUGCUUGAAUUUUUUUGUUCAAAAAAGGGUACGAAACCUGUUUCUAAUAAUUAUUACUUUUAUGCAAAUAGAGUUUAACCAAUUAUCUACAUUGGAUGGAAGCAAGAUCUUUGCCCUAUUUUAGUCAUGUAGAUUUUUUAUUUACACUGGAUGUUAAUAAUUAAAAGUAUUUGGUAUUACUUAACCCCCAUAAAUGUACACGCAAUAGCCAAUUUUGCCUUCGGUUAACCUAAAUUAAAGCAACAGGGCUGUUUAUUUCAGCUAGGUUACACUGUAUUAAUAAAAUUGAAUAAAAUUUACCAUUUUAGGCAGCUGCAACCAACUCAAGCAUGUCAGAGUUGACACAAUCCUCAAAUGUCUCUGAUGGAUUAGAGUGCAAUCCUCUGUCAACUGGGGUAUGUAUUAUUUAGAUUCCCGUAAGUUCAUGUACAAACCUGCUGUACUUACAAAUGAACCACCUUCGAUCCCUAAUUGACUCUGAUUUUUAUAAUCUGUGGAUGAAAUCUAUGAUGAAUUAACCAUUCAAAUGACUCCAUCUUAGGAUUUUACAAACAGGAAUUAAUUUUCCCAAGCACUCAGGCAAUAUACUUUAGGCCCACUUGCGUAGCCAAUCAGAAUACAGGAUUCGCUCUGUCUUGCAUUGCUCCUUUGCAGCCAAAAUAAUAAUAAUAAUAAUGAUAAUUAUUAUUAUAAUUAUAAUAAUUAUAAUAAGACACUACUGCCUUUUGACAAUAAAGUGCAUCACAACAUUUAAAUGUGGAGUAAUUAACCUUCAUUUUCCUUUACAGACUGUUUUGCUGGCAGACAUUUUGCCAACUCUUAUCAUAAAGAUAACAGCUCCUUUCUACAUGCAAAAAAUUAAGUACAGGUAUACUUAAUUUUUGUUGUUAUAUCUUAACUAUUUACACCGUUUUACUAGUCUUUAAUGACACUAUUAUAAGGUUUAUCCUUCUUCUAAAAUCUUCUUUUAAAAUUUAUUUGCAGUAUACGAAUAGUAAUCUGCGUGCUCUUUGCCUUCGCAAGUUUUUUUGUUGUGGCAUUUUCACAUGUCCUUUGGUUUAGUCUCUUGGGUAAGAAUUCUGCUCCAUCUAUAUGCAGUUCUUAGUGUAGUUAAGGGUUUUACAUGAAGUUUCCAUUAAGUCUUACCUCUGCUAUUAAACCUACAGUUAAAUCGUUUCUUUUGCGUUUCCAGCCAAGCGGAAGCAAGCCCCCGGGGGGGUGGGGUACUUUGGCGAUGUGCCGCUGGGACCCUGGAACCCUUAACCUAUACCAGAGCUAGUCAGCUGAAUUUUGCUACCCUAUACUAGAGUAAACUCCCCAAAUCCCUCCUAACCUAGAGUAGCUGUUUUCCAGAAACUACUGAGGUCACUAGCACAGUCUAGCCAAAACAAAACCUUAUACCACAAUCCCUAAUCUAGAUAAAAUCUUCAACGAACUGAUCAGUUUCCUAAAAAAUGAUACCCUAUUCUAGAGCCAAACGCUCUGAUUUAUAUACCCUAUCCUAGAGUAAACUGCUUGAAAACCAUUCCCUUCCCAGCGGCCCAUACCUAUAUACCCCAAAUAUUGCAGUACCCCCCCCCCCCCCCCGGGCAUUCUGUAUGUCUUCUGAAGAUUUUAAGAAAUAGUCUGGGCCCUUAUACGAAUGCUUACUGACCUCUUUCUCUGAAACAUAUAGCCAAAAGAGUUGCUAAUGGAUCAGUCGAGAAGAAUAAACCAAAUGGAAGCAAAAGAAUAAAAUAAGUCCCAAGCGGAUGGCGCACGUGCAGGGAUUUACAAUAUCUUUGUAGGAAUUAUCUUGUAAUUUUGAUGUCUACUGAUUAUUGAUUCAUUGAUGAUAUCUUAGUGUUUUUGGUUUUGUAAUUUUUAGGGUUUUUUGGUUGGUGUCAGUCUUGAAUUGUUGAAAAAAUCUUGAAAUUUGCCCAGCAGUUUUCCAGAUCUGGAAAUUAAGGUCUGGAAAUUGAGACAAAGUCUUAAAAAAUGGUAAAAAGUCUUGAUUUUUUNAAAACUCCUGAAACACACACCCCCCCCCGGCGCCCCACCAACCCUUAAAACCCCAAUUAUUCCCUUCCCCCCCCCCCCCCCCCCCACGGGAAGCAAGCGCGAGUCAUGCAGGCGCAAGAAGAGGCGCGAGAGUCACGGUUUUUGUUUUCUUUUGUUCUUUUUUAUUAUUAGUCACGCCACUCUUGUCGCGCGUGACUCUCCCUCGCUACUCCUCUGAAAUACAAAAUAUAACGCCCGCUCUGCAGGCUUCACAUCUGUUUAGUUUUAGCUUACUGUUCAUGUCAAAUGACAUCAUGUUCCCAAGACAAUUGUAGGGCAAGUAAUUGUCAUUGAGCCACAGCCGAGUUGUUGCCUGAAUGAUGUUUAUAAUCGCAUUUGACGUCCUCAAUGCACCUAACUAAAGAGGCGCGCCAACUGCAAAAUGGAUUAUAUUGGUUUAAAUCAUUUCGAUGAACUAAAAGUAGACUAAACUUGGUGAUUUUCGAGAAGUCCUUUCCUCGCUUUUCAGUAUUUUGGGGUUGAACGAAGCAACACGAAACAACUGUGACUGUAAAACUUUUUCUUACGUGGAACACUAUGAUCACGUUGAUGAUAACGACAAAGGCGGCGGUGGGAGCCUUUGAAUGAUAGAAGCCAUAGGGAUUUUUUUCGGAAAUUUACCUGAUUUACGGUAUUUCAUGUAUGUGACCUGCAUUGUCCGUACUGUUACAUUGAUGCAUUAAUUUGAUCAUGAUUUUCUUGUUCAGGUGUUGUAUUUGCCAGCAUAAGCUCAGGAUUUGGUGAAAUAACGUUACUUAGUUAUUCAGCUUAUUUCGACAAGUAAGUUAUCCAGUCACAGUUUAAUUGAGUUUUGACUGUAUUUUCUGUAAAGCAAACCUGUUUAACGCUGAUGCAUCUGCGAGGCGCACACUAGCGAGAGUCCUGUGGGUGUCAAACAAUUCAUACACCGGCUGCUUUGCUCUGACUUUCUGUUUGUUGCUUUUAGGGAUGUCGUUUCCACAUGGUCCUCGGGAACAGGUAGGAGAGGUCACCGAGUUGUGAAAGUUGUCACAGGAAGACGAAACGCACUGUUAGCUACCCUACGAACAUGUUCCACCUGUUUGGGUUAUAAUGCGAUUGUCUUAGCGGCGAAGCUGUCGGUGAAGGGAAUGGUUCGCUGCUCGGUCUCUUCCCGCGCUUUCGGCUCUGCCGCUAAUAAGCUUACGUGAUACCCCAAAUAAGUGCAGUGUGCUCGCAGGCUAACGCACAGUGGGCGUGGGAAAGCUGUUACUAAUGUACGUGUACAGAAUAUGACACAGAGAAGAAAAACAAACAAAGAAUCUUGAAAAGGUUUCUGAUGUAAAACUUAUUAUUCGUGCCCCAAUAUUUAGAUAAUUUAUGUGGUUAUUUUGGCCAGGAAAAUUGGAUGUAACUUUAGCCGUGUCUAUAUCACAUAGAAAGAUCCUCAUUGGCCGUUUUCACCCUAGAGACGGAUAAUCCAUCUUCAAAAUCAGUCAAAAUUGACAAAAAAACAGAUGGAUAAAGUCAGGCGGAUCGUCCAUCCAAAAUUAAGACCGUUCCAUUUUCAAGUUAAGACUUACAAUCAAUCUGACGUGAAUUAUCCAACGGAUAAGCAGUUUCUAGUGUGAAUACGGCCAAUGAAGGGUAAUUUUCUUUGUAUGUUCUUUAUGAAUAAUAAGCGAGUUUUUUAAACAUCGACAACAACAGAGUCUCUGUCGGUAGCGAAACUCCGCAGUUGGUAGACGGUGUAUGGCUAGAAUAGGAUUGGUCUGAAUUGUACCCACUAGCUCGUGGAGGCCAGUAUUGUGACGAGUGUAAGGCCUCGCCUACGCGUAUUCUGAUAUUUUUAAUAACCGAGAUUUUUUUGGUCUGUUUUAGCCUUCCGUCCACACGUAAACGGAGUUUUUGGGCACCAAAUUGGCAGGUUUCGAAAACGCCGGCUUCUCGUUUACGUUUGGACGGACAAAAGCGGUGAUUUUCGAAAACGAUGAUGCCAUACAUCACAUACUGCAAGCAUUACGCAUGCUCCAUGCAAGAGAUGUUACAAGCAGUACCCAUGAUCCUACGCAUGGAAGGGAUGUUAUCGAAUUUGCAUCGUUUCAGCGUUUUCAUGUAGACGGGGGCAAAACGAUUCAAAUACGCAGCGUGUGGACGCGCUUUUUUUGAAAAUGGAGAAAAAGAGUCUCCGUUUUCAAAAACAUACGGAUACGAGUGGAUGACGCCUAACCACUAUUCUGUUGUACAUGCAGGAGCUGCUGGUGUGUUCGGUGCAUUGGCUUAUGCUGGCUUCACAUCAGCCGGAGUAUCUCCAAGAAAUACAGUGUUAAUAAUGAAUGUUAUACCAUUCACCUUAGGAAUUAGGUGAGUUUGCGGUCUUCUUCGCGUGUAGGCAAAGGUCGCAUUAGAGACCUUUAGAUUCGAGAACAGGAACGACUACGAGUAGGAGAUUUGACUGAAAGUGUUUUCGCAUAUUCUAAAAAAAUAGACCCCCCAGAAAGCUUCGUUGUUUUUGUUGUUGCUGUUGUUGUUGUUGUUUCGUCACCAGAAACGUUAGCAGUGUUAUCUUUAUUUUAAUUAUCCCGGUGGCAAAAGGACAAAAUCUCUAACAAUUUAUGACUUGUUUUUCUUGAACAAAAACUCGUAGCAGAAUGUCGACAACUAUCACGUUUUCCCACCAAAAUGACGCAGGUCACGCGUACGCACUACUUAGUAUUGAGAAAAUCUCGUACUCGAAGUCCUCGUCUUAGAAUCUGAAGGUCUCUAUUAUCUCCCUAGGCGCCGUACAACCUGUUUACGCCAUUUCAGCCUCUCUUGUUCAGGGGGUGUAGAUAGCAUUACGGUUAUUUUCUUUAUUAUUACAGCCAUCAUAAACAGCUUCAUUGCUCGAAGAGCAGGCUCAUAUAGUGCUAGAAAUUAUAAUAAUAAUCAAUGAUAAUAAUGAAUGAUGAUGUGAACUGCGGAAAUGCAAUUUUAAAAUUAUGAAGAUAUUAUCGUCGCAAUUGCAAAUUAACCCGAAAAAAAUAAUGGGGACUUCAACAGGAUUCGAACCCAUGGCCUCUGCGUUAGCGCUGCAGUGUUCUAACCAAGACUCUUACAUUGGGGGCAGGCCAAUUUGUUAUUAACUCGUGAAAGGAUUGAAACAAAAAAUGAUGUGAACUGCGGAAAUACAAAUUUAAAAUAAUGAAGAUAUGAUCGUCGCAGUGGUAAUUUGCAAUUCAAGCAAUUGGAAAUUAACCCGAAAAAAAAUUUUAAUAAUGAUAAUAAAUAGAAAAGAAAAAGCAAAAAAGUGUUAUUGGAACGAAAACUUUUCAUACUUUUUGAUCAAGUACAAAGAAAAUCAUUUUCACAGUUUGCCAUUCGGGCAAGCUGAAGCUAACAUUUACUAGCCCAGACGUCAUUUCAACUAGCCCCAAAAGCUUUUUGAAGAGCAGAAUUGAUCUCACAGUUCUUCUGUUAUUCGAAUUCCUCAAAAAAGGUCACUUGCCCGUCGGGCAAGUUAAAAACAGAGUUCACUAGCUCGAUAGCAAAAUCCACUAGCCCCGGGCUAUCAAACACCACUUUCUUUGUACGCUGUAAUGAUGCAUUUGUUUGCCGUCAUUGCAAGGCUGCGACGGGGGACUUGGCGAAGUUCUACUUAAACACUCGACGUCACAUCUUCAGGUCGAUCAUUUUUUCUCUUACUAAGCUAGCAUGUCGUCCAGAGAAAAUUCAACCCCUGAAAAAAUUCCCUACCUUGGUUAAAUCGAGGAAUAAAGUUUGAGAGGAAAAAGAACGCGACCUGACCUCACCUUCUUUUUCUUUCUUUCUUUCUUUCUUUCUUUCUUUCUUUCCUUUCUUCUUUUAAAUUAGUUAUUGGUUUAUACUGGAGCAGCCUCGAAGUGUCCGAGAAGAGGAGCCUUUAUUAUCCAACGCAGGAAAUGACAGUGUAGCUGAAACUGGUGAGAAGUGUUCUCCGAGUAUUUGAUGGAGAUAAAGAAAGUGGUAAAUGUUAGCCCCAACAGUGACCAACAACAGUUUUCUCCUCGUAAUAUCAACACAUUAUCAAAGGAAAAGGUUAUGAGAUUUAAUCAAAUGAUCACCUCAGGAAAAAUGCUUUGAUCGUUUAUCAAAUUCUCUCAACUACUUCUUUAAGGAUAUGUAUGGAGAUCGGUUUGGAGAAUUUGUAUGUGGAUGUCGGUGGGAUAUUGCUGUUUUAGGUGCCUUUACCCUUACAUAAAAUGCUUCUGUAGAGUUUUGAAGAAGCACUAGCCAUAAUAAUUUUUUUGGCGAUUUUUGCAGGGAUACCAUUAAAACUUGAAAAAGUUCGCCCAACCUUAGGGAACAGGUAGGAGAGGUCACCGAGUUGUGAAAGUUGUCACAGGAAGACGAAACGCACUGUUAGCUACCCUACGAACAUGUUCCACCUGUUUGGGUUAUAAUGCGAUUGUCUUAGCGGCGAAGCUGUCGGUGAAGGGAAUGGUUCGCUGCUCGGUCUCUUCCCGCGCUUUCGGCUCUGCCGCUAAUAAGCUUACGUGAUACCCCAAAUAAGUGCAGUGUGCUCGCAGGCUAACGCACAGUGGGCGUGGGAAAGCUGUUACUAAUGUACGUGUACAGAAUAUGACACAGAGAAGAAAAACAAACAAAGAAUCUUGAAAAGGUUUCUGAUGUAAAACUUAUUAUUCGUGCCCCAAUAUUUAGAUAAUUUAUGGGGUUAUUUUGGCCAGGAAAAUUGGAUGUAACUUUAGCCGUGUCUAUAUCACAUAGAAAGAUCCUCAUUGGCCGUUUUCACCCUAGAGACGGAUAAUCCAUCUUCAAAAUCAGUCAAAAUUGACAAAAAAACAGAUGGAUAAAGUCAGGCGGAUCGUCCAUCCAAAAUUAAGACCGUUCCAUUUUCAAGUUAAGACUUACAAUCAAUCUGACGUGAAUUAUCCAACGGAUAAGCAGUUUCUAGUGUGAAUACGGCCAAUGAAGGGUAAUUUUCUUUGUAUGUUCUUUAUGAAUAAUAAGCGAGUUUUUUAAACAUCGACAACAACAGAGUCUCUGUCGGUAGCGAAACUCCGCAGUUGGUAGACGGUGUAUGGCUAGAAUAGGAUUGGUCUGAAUUGUACCCACUAGCUCGUGGAGGCCAGUAUUGUGACGAGUGUAAGGCCUCGCCUACGCGUAUUCUGAUAUUUUUAAUAACCGAGAUUUUUUUGGUCUGUUUUAGCCUUCCGUCCACACGUAAACGGAGUUUUUGGGCACCAAAAAGGCAGGUUUCGAAAACGCCGGCUUCUCGUUUACGUUUGGACGGACAAAAGCGGUGAUUUUCGAAAACGAUGAUGCCAUACAUCACAUACUGCAAGCAUUACGCAUGCUCCAUGCAAGAGAUGUUACAAGCAGUACCCAUGAUCCUACGCAUGGAAGGGAUGUUAUCGAAUUUGCAUCGUUUCAGCGUUUUCAUGUAGACGGGGGCAAAACGAUUCAAAUACGCAGCGUGUGGACGCGCUUUUUUUGAAAAUGGAGAAAAAGAGUCUCCGUUUUCAAAAACAUACGGAUACGAGUGGAUGACGCCUAACCACUAUUCUGUUGUACAUGCAGGGGCUGCUGGUGUGUUCGGUGCAUUGGCUUAUGCUGGCUUCACAUCAGCCGGAGUAUCUCCAAGAAAUACAGUGUUAAUAAUGAAUGUUAUACCAUUCACCUUAGGAAUUAGGUGAGUUUGCGGUCUUCUUUGCGUGUAGGCAAAGGUCGCAUUAGAGACCUUUAGAUUCGAGAACAGGAACGACUACGAGUAGCAGAUUUGACUGAAAGUGUUUUCGCAUAUUCUAAAAAAAUAGACUCCCCAGAAAGCUUCGUUGUUUUUGUUGUUGCUGUUGUUGUUGUUGUUUCGUCACCAGAAACGUUAGCAGUGUUAUCUUUAUUUUAAUUAUCCCGGUGGCAAAAGGGCAAAAUCUCUAACAAUUUAUGACUUGUUUUUCUUGAACAAAAACUCGUAGCAGAAUGUCGACAGCUAUCACGUUUUCCCACCAAAAUGACGCAGGUCACGCCUACGCACUACUUAGUAUUGAGAAAAUCUCGUACUCGAAGUCCUCGUCUUAGAAUCUGAAGGUCUCUAUUAUCUCCCUAGGCGCCCUACAACCUGUUUACGCCAUUUCAGCCUCUCUUGUUCAGGGGGUGUAGAUAGCAUUACGGUUAUUUUCUUUAUUAUUACAGCCAUCAUAAACAGCUUCAUUGCUCGAAGAGCAGGCUCAUAUAGUGCUAGAAAUUAUAAUAAUAAUCAAUGAUAAUAAUGAAUGAUGAUGUGAACUGCGGAAAUGCAAUUUUAAAAUUAUGAAGAUAUUAUCGUCGCAAUUGCAAAUUAACCCGAAAAAAAUAAUGGGGACUUCAACAGGAUUCGAACCCAUGGCCUCUGCGUUAGCGCUGCAGUAUUCUAACCAAGACAUUGGGGGCAGGCCAAUUUGUUAUUAACUCGUGAAAGGAUUGAAACAAAAAAUGAUGAUGUGAACUGCGGAAAUACAAAUUUAAAAUAAUGAAGAUAUGAUCGUCGCAGUGGUAAUUUGCAAUCCAAGCAAUUGGAAAUUAACCCGAAAAAAAAUUUUAAUAAUGAUAAUAAAUAGAAAAGAAAAAGCAAAAAAGUGUUAUUGGAACAAAAACUUUUCAUACUUUUUGAUCAAGUACAAAGAAAAUCAUUUUCACAGUUUGCCAUUCGGGCAAGCUGAAGCUAACAUUUACUAGCCCAGACGUCAUUUCAACUAGCCCCAAAAGCUUUUUGAAGAGCAGAAUUGAUCUCACAGUUCUUCUGUUAUUCGAAUUCCUCAAAAAAGGUCACUUGCCCGUCGGGCAAGUUAAAAACAGAGUUCACUAGCUCGAUAGCAAAAUCCACUAGCCCCGGGCUAUCAAACACCACUUUCUUUGUACGCUGUAAUGAUGCAUUUGUUUGCCGUCAUUGCAAGGCUGCGACGGGGGACUUGGCGAAGUUCUACUUAAACACUCGACGUCACAUCUUCAGGUCGAUCAUUUUUUCUCUUACUAAGCUAGCAUGUCGUCCAGAGAAAAUUCAACCCCUGAAAAAAUUCCCUACCUUGGUUAAAUCGAGGAAUAAAGUUUGAGAGGAAAAAGAACGCGACCUGACCUCACCUUCUUUUUCUUUCUUUCUUUCUUUCUUUCUUUCUUUCUUUCCUUUCUUCUUUUAAAUUAGUUAUUGGUUUAUACUGGAGCAGCCUCGAAGUGUCCGAGAAGAGGAGCCUUUAUUAUCCAACGCAGGAAAUGACAGUGUAGCUGAAACUGGUGAGAAGUGUUCUCCGAGUAUUUGAUGGAGAUAAAGAAAGUGGUAAAUGUUAGCCCUAAGAGUGACCAACAACAGUUUUCUCCUCGUAAUAUCAACACAUUAUCAAAGGAAAAGGUUAUGAGAUUUAAUCAAAUGAUCACCUCAGGAAAAAUGCUUUGAUCGUUUAUCAAAUUCUCUCAACUACUUCUUUAAGGAUAUGUAUGGAGAUCGGUUUGGAGAAUUUGUAUGUGGAUGUCGGUGGGAUAUUGCUGUUUUAGGUGCCUUUACCCUUACAUAAAAUGCUUCUGUAGAGUUUUGAAGAAGCACUAGCCAUAAUAAUUUUUUUGGCGAUUUUUGCAGGGAUACCAUUAAAACUUGAAAAAGUUCGCCCAACCUUGCCAUGCCCAUCCUUGCCAUGCCUCGCAACAGACGGCAGGAAACAGUUUCAAUGCCUACUUGUAGUCUUAUUUUUGGAAUUCAAUAUUGAUGCGAAGACUAGCUUUUUAAGAAGACAGCAAAUAGCAAGACAUAAGUACUUUAAAAUAUAGUAUGAAAUAGCAAAACUCGACCGUUAUUUUUGGAAUUCAAUGGCUGCGAAACAUACUAUGUUACAUAGCGGACGGCCUUUUGGUGGUUUGAUCGGUUCAAGUGACUUGUAGCCGAUAUUCGCCUUGAGGGUGUCUGUAGUUCUCCUUCUUGGACUUACCAUUGAUGUGUUUUCAAUGUCCGGCUAGACCCUUCCACGGUAUUUUCGACUUUUGAGUGGGAAGAGUUAGCGAAAAUCCGUCAACGCGGCGGUAGCCUGUGUACAGCCCCCACUCCCCGCGGAAAUAAUGGGAGAAGGCUCUUCUUGCUCGGUAUAGAGUAAAGCGAUUUUAGAAAUGUGUCUCUCUCAAUUGCUCGAUGGAAGUAAGUCGCGUACACCGGCAUUUUGAGACAUGAAACACGAGGCACGGAAAUUUUGGUCGGCGGAAACUAUUGUUUUUAAUUUAUGUAAAAUUAUUCCCAUACACGAUUAGCAACGGUGAAUUACAGAUGCACGCCACUUCUCCUAUUUUUUCUCAGGGGAGGGGGUGGCUGUACACAGGCUACGCGGCUCGUUCUAAGUUAAAAAGUGAUUUGUUGAAAUAUAACGAAGAUGUAUACAGCUCCGCAAAAUCACCGAAUUCUACAGACGUUUGUGUGGUCGGGGGGGGGGGGGCAAGCUCUUACUCUCCACCGUACAAAUUGUUCGCUAGAUUAUUUUGCUUCGUCUUUUUCCUUUUUUUUAUUCAUUUUAGAUUUAAACUUAAGUCCUAUAUUCUCUCUCAUUUGUAGAACCAGGAGACCAUCCUAGUAAUUCUUUAUCUUUGAAAUCAAAACUCGAUAUAACCAAGGUAAGAUCGCAGCGCUCGGUAGCGCUUUCCGAGUCAUUUUAUCUCUACUUUACCUCCAUUUAAGGGGCGGUACUAUAAAUGCGCAGUCCCUGUACAGCGUCUUGAGCUACGUGCGAACGGACGCAAUAACUCACAACAUUGUUUAGCCAACAAUGUCGUGAAUUGUUGCGAUCGUGUUGACGUGCUGUCUCCAAGGAGACCAUGUGUUAUGCGCUUGCGUGGCCCCAACAAUGUUAGAAGAGCUGUGCAAACGGAUCCAACAUUGUUGCGCUACGCUUGGUCGAUCACGGAACAAAAGAAAUGUUCGAAGUUGUUGGCUCUAAAGUUUGACUGGUUUAAAGCUUUGCGCAACAACUCCCAACAACAUCCAACAACAUGCAACAGGGUGUGCAAACGGACGCAACGUUUAACAUCCAACAAUGUUGGGAGUUGUUGGCCAAAAAUGCUGCGUCCGUUUGCAGGGGGCUUGACAAGACCUUCUCGGUCAAUGCAUUUCGGUGACGUAUCCCAGACAAACGGACCACGUGACCCGAAUCGCAUGGGCCGCGCGGAAAAUGAGGUGUAGGGACUAAACAUGGGCAGUACCACCCUAGUUUCAGGCUUCUUCGGGAAUUAGCGUUGCUGAGAAGUUAGAGCGUAGACAUGCAAUCCAGAGCCACCAAGUUCAACUCUUCGUUCAAGUAAACAUUCCUAAUUACCGAGUAAUUAUUCUUAAUUUCUGCGUUUAUUUACAAAAUUGAGCAGAAUUCACGUGAUAGUUAGUUUUUUCUUCAUCUGGUUUCCAUAAAAUCGUCCGGAUCAUCCUGAUCUAGGCUCCCUACGCAGCCACUCUUUGUGUUGUCACGCAACGAUGCAUGGGAGGAGCGUUGCGUGACAAUUACCUGUAAGAGAUUUCUUGAUCACCCAAAACGUCUCAACAUGUGUAUAGGCGAUCAGAGCAAUCAUGUGAGAAUACCUCUGAUGAGGGGCGGUGGGUUGAUCGAUCUUUUAUCUGUUGUCACACAGCUCACGCUGUAACAUAGUGAAAUCAUGAUCUUGCGGCCAAAAUUACAAAAACUACUUAUUCAGAGAGCCUGCAGUACAUCAAUGCUCAGAGAACCGCAGAGCAUCUUAUUGGCCAUGUCACGAUGCGCUAAAGUUGAAGUAUAAGUUUUAACUUACCUAGUUAACGAUGGUGCCUCUCAUCCCUUUCCACUACUGCAGCGGGACGCGAUGAGAGGCGGCUGUAUUCUUUAACGUCCCACGCAGAAUUUUCUUUUUGCUCGUCACACAAUCCUCCCCAAGUACAGAUGGGGAAGGAAUCUAUGACGAAGCCCUUAGAACGUCUGUAAUCUUCAGCUCAAAUUUACAGUGUAACCUAUUACUAGUUUUCAACCACCUGAUAAGGUGACCAUGUUGGUUGACAAAACAAUAUAUCCAUUUUUUUGCGCGGAAUUUGCACAAGAAAAGAAUUUUUUUCCCUGGGAGGGAAAGGCACAAGUCCGUUCUUGCCCACCAACAGGACGGCUGUGACAUCGCUUGAAAAGCAGCAAUUUCAAACUGUGAUAGUUAAAUUCCUUUUUAAUCUCUCUACAAGAGAUUUGUGGAGAUAAUUAUGCGCAUUUUCAUUCUAAAAUUGAGCAAUCUAACAAAUACCGCUUAUGUGUUAGGCUACAUGGAAUAUCAGACUAAACCCUGCUAUGAAUGUUGUUGUUUUUUCAGUCGUUACUGAAGUAUAUGCUUCCCUUGUUCUUUGUAUAUUUUGCGGAAUAUUCCAUCAACCAAGGUCUGGUAAGUUGAGUUUAAAUCUAGUAUGUGAACGUCACUGGUAUUGAAUAUGAAACGCUGAACACAACACUUAAUCUGCAUACGUAUUCUAAAAUACCAGAGCUGCUUUUUGUGAAAAAUGCUGGAAAGCAUUUCUUUGAUAAGGGAUACGGAACUGCAAUCUCGGACAAAAAUGAUAAAAAAUUUACACCUCUGCCCCGCCCUCCCCCCCUCCUCCCCAAUUCAAUGGGAAAAUGGCGCGUUUUGGCUCAGUUUCGCGCGGCUUCGUCCCUGAUUUUGGGGGAGGGAGGGCAGGGAUGGUGGUUUGCUGGGCAUUUUAUUUUGUCCAAGGUUCUAGCUCUCGCACCCAUAUACAGCCGAGGCCCCUCGGGUGUAAGGGCUGCUGUUUAAAUUUUUGAGUGCUAACCUUAGCCUUUACUAUUUUGCUACUCUAUUAUGGACUUGACACAAACAAGCCUAGGCUAGUGCUACCAAACAACCUCUAGUCCCAUAAAUGAUAUGUACGGUUUUCUAGACAAACUGGAUGAAAUUAUGUGAUUUCGAUGUCCUAUUCCAGCUUACCGUAUUUAUUCGAAUAAGCGCCCAACUUCGAAUUAGUGCUCUCCUAGAAUAACCGCCCAUCCUAAAGACAGAAAAAGUUAAUUAGCGCCCAGCCUCGAAUAAGCGACCACCCCCACCCCACCUCCCUCCCACUCCCACUCAAACUUAAAUAAGCGCCCACCCCCUUCCCCCUGCCACCCCCUGAAAAGGAAUAAGUACUAACAAGAGACUUCCCCGAAGACGGAGUUUUCUUCAGAGUGUUUUACAGAAACGUUGCUUUGUUACAUCUUCGCGUUUUGUUAUUACCAUUUACUGUUUUGUUGCAAAAUAUACAUACUACACUUGUUGAAAAUGGUGAAAAUUAAAUAAGCGCCCAGCCUCGAAUAAGCGCCCACUCUCAAGGUCCAAAAAUUUAAUAAGCGCCCAGGGCGGUUAAUUGAAUAAACACGGUAAAUGACCUGAAAACCCUACUUUACUAAGCGGCACAUACCUGUUGAGUAGAGUUAUAUAGUAGUACCCCUCCCCCUCUACAUCUCAUUAAUAGGGAGUUUAAGCAGCGACGUUUUUUAGCGACGCACGUCAACCGGAAGUGAGCAUUUUUGUCUUUCAGAGAAUAUACAUUGGCUCUACCAAAUUUGUAUGCUAAGUGUCUUUAUUCUUAUAGAGACGAUUUGCUUAAGAUUUUAUUAAAAAUCACGGCCGAAGAGUUCAAAAAGUCCACUUCCGGUUGAUUUGCGUCGCUCAAAAACGCCUUGGCUUAAACUCUCGAUUCAGUUUUUACGAACACAUUACUAUCUUGGAGCCUGGAACAGUUAGGUUGGGUGGGGGGGGGGGGGGGGGGGGNGCGAGUUAAACUUUUAACUUAGGUAAAACUUUGUUCCAAACAGUUAACAUGACCAUUGUUCACCUGAGUGAAAAUGCUGUAAAAAAGAUGUUUCGAAAUACAAUAGAUUUACUUUCAAUUUCACCAUCACCAUCAUUGCGCAAAUGCAAUCUAUUGACAUUCCAGCCCUAGCAGUGAAGCUGGACUUUGGAAUCUGUAAUUCAGCUCAAGGAAUCCGAAAUUCAGUACCUAGAAUCCGGAGUCCACAGCGUGAAAUCCAGAAUCCAAGACUGUCUUGGAUUGCCUUACACGAUUAUACGGUAGUAGACGUUUACUUAUCCUUUCCUACCCAGGUACCAGGUGGAUUAUCAAAUUGGCGUUCUCAUAUCUCGUUCGUCAGUGAAUAUUUUUCCCAUCCACAGAAUCUGGCUACUAGCUGUAUUGCAGGUAUUCUAAGUGCUUGUUUGAUAUUUUAACAGAAUUUCAUCGUAUCAGCUCUCUAAGUAUUAGUUUAUUGUCUUUUGUCCUGGCUCUGAGCUCUUGCGACGAAAGACGAAUGAUUUUUUGUCUAAAUCACUGCAUAUCACUUAUCAAGAGUGGUGGACGAAGUAGCCAGGUUCUCUUUACUGACGUUCGAUCACAUUAGCAGUAAUUAUCAUCGAUAUUAGACCCCGUCCACAAGUAUCCGUUUUUGAAUAGGAUGAUCUAAUUACGAUUUUCCUAAAGACGCAUAUGGAACGUCUGUAAAGGUCACAGCAUUCCAUAAGAAACAAUUCCAGAUAAGAAUGCAUUAUUGAAAAUUUUAUCCGAACUACGUCCUGGUUUUUUUUAGAACGUGAAUCUCGUCGUACUCUUAUGUGAAGCGUACUUUCAUUUCCUGCCGUCUGUGUGGAUCAUGUUCGUCAUCAUUUUGUACGAAGGACUUCUUGGUGGUGCGUGCUACGUCAAUGCAUUUUACAGAAUAUCUAAAGAGGUGAGCCAUAUUUCCUUGAGUAAUGGGGCUUUUUCCAUCUUUAACAGACCUUAUUCACACGAUACCAGCCAUCUUUGUACGCGCUAAAGGACUGAUAGGAUACAAGUAAUGUCAGAUGGUUUCUCAUGGGGCAAACAACCGAUAAAAUCUACGAGAAAAAAAAUCGCUGUCGAGUUUGCUUAUUGUAGACAACAAAGAGUAAAAGACACCCAAAGGUGGUGGUGGGGGGUCUCGUUUUGAAAGAAUAAACAAACUCGACCGCGAUUUCUCAUAUUGGCAAAUUUUGGCGCUUGUUUGUCCCCUGAAAAACCACGUGAUAUUGCUUAUAUCUCGUCAAUCUUUAAGCACAUUCAAAGAUGGUGGGUAUCGUGAAUAAGAUAUAUUUGCUGAUUUUUCUUUUUUCCUUUUUUUUUUAAAUGAAAACAAUUAUCGAAUAAGAUAUAAGUUACUAAUUACAAGUUUCUACCUUUAAUCUAGAUUAAACAAGAGUACAGAGAGUUCUCGAUGGGUGUGGCAAGUAUGGCGGAUAGCUGCGGUAUUGCACUGGCUGGGGCCGUCGCUUUACCCACUCACAAUGCCCUUUGUUCAUACUGGAGAAGCAAAAUGUGA